AUGACACCUUCAGCAGCUAAAGCAUAUCACAAAAUUAAAAUAACGGCCAACAUUGACGAUGAUAUGCAAGUUAUUAAACUAUUAGCAGAUGCACAAACAAAUCCCACGGACCGACAAGUGUAUCAAAUGUUUGAUUAUUGGAGGACAAAACAUUUUGGUGAUCGUACAGAAAAUAGCAUUGCACAAGUUGUGAGGGAAAUGCAAAAUACAUUUCCCGAUUGUAUUAUUGAAGUGCAGGAAAAUCCAUUUUGUAUUUGUAUUGUAACGCCCAUAAUGCGUAGAGCUCAUGGAUUACCACUUUCUAGAGAUAUUGUUUUUGUCGAUUCCAGUGGUUCGUGUGACCAAGGUGGCUCAUGUGUUACAUUUUUCUUUGGGGUUACAAAGGUUGGUGGUAUACCAUUAGCGGUAUUGAUUCAUAAAUUCACUACUAAAGAUGAUUAUGCUAGUGCUUUCAAAUUUUUAAGAAAAUCAUUGGGAAAUUUUGCUUUUUAUGGACAAAUGGAGCCAUCGAUUUUUAUGACAGAUGAUAGUAAAUCAGAACGCCAAGCCCUUAAUGUAAUUUUUCCAAAUUCUACUCUAUUUUUAUGUACAUUUCAUGUUCUACAAGCAUUAUGGCGUUGGUUAUGCGAAAGUAAACAUGGUGUUAUUAAAUUUGAAAGGCAAUUAUACAUGCAAAGAUUUCGAAAAGUUAUGUAUUCACCCAAUGAAAUCGAAGCUAAAGUAUUUAUGGAUGAACUAUGCAACGAUAAAUCAACUCUUUUUUCAAAACAUAUGAUGACUUACCGAAAUAGAAUGUUAGAAUGGUGUACAUGUUAUAGAAAUCAAUUUCCAACUCAUGGCCAUAAUACCAAUAAUAUUGUAGAAGCAUCCAUAAGAGUUUUUAAAGACAUUGUUCUUGUAACAUACAAGACAACAUACUAA